UUCAUUCAUUGGAAGCUGUGGAACGCAAACCUAAUUUCUGAUUGGCUGAAAAUUAUUAAACACUCCCUCUGUAGUUUUGUACCAGCUGUGAGAUGAGAGCAUAAUCAUAUUAUUAAAUCAUUUACCGAAGUACAAAAGGGAGUUACUCAGGGAAAAUGAUUGCCCUCCAGUCUUUGAGAAACGCGGCGCCGCUGCGGCGCCCGCUGACCUUGGCCGCGACGCAAGGCAGCCGACUGUUUUCCGAGAAGGCACCGUCCGACCCCAUCAUCAUUGAUCGUCUGGAAAACGAGCACAAAGGCAUCGUCGUGAUCGGCAUGAACCGACCUGAAGCGAAAAACGCCUUCGGCAAGUCCUUCGUGCAAAAAUUCACCGACACGGUGAAAAUAAUCAAACACGAUCAGGACACACGCAUCCUCAUCAUACGGAGUCUCGUACCUGGCGUGUUCUGUGCCGGCGCCGACCUGAAGGAACGGGCGACAAUGUCGGACAAAGAGGUGGUCGAGUUUGUCAACCGUCUGAGAAAACUGACCAUCUCCAUCGAAAGACUGCCCAUGCCUGUGAUUGCUGCACUGGACGGAGCCGCCCUCGGGGGCGGUCUCGAAUUGGCCUUGGCCUGCGACCUCAGGGUGGCCUCGUCCAACGCCAAGUUGGGCCUGGUCGAGAGCAGGUUGGCCAUCAUCCCUGGGGCUGGAGGGACGCAGCGUCUGCCUCGACUGGUCGGAGCCUCCUUGGCCAAAGAACUGCUUUUCACCGGACGGAUCUUUGAUGGCAAGAAGGCUCGAGAGUACGGCGUGGUCAACCACGCAGUAGAGCAGAAUGAGACCAAGGACGCGGCCUUUAAGAGGGCCAUGGAGUUAGCCGAGGAAAUUCUGCCCUCAGGCCCUAUUGCACUCAAUCUGAUCAAGACGGCAGUGGACGUCGGAAUGCAGUCGGACAUAGGUUCGGGAUACAAAAUUGAAGAGGAGUGUUAUUCGCAUGUGGUGCCCACAAAAGACAGAAUUGAAGGAUUGUUGGCCUUCAAAGAAAAAAGGGCGCCCAGGUUUAAGGGAGAGUGAAUUUAAUUAAAGCUCAACCAGUGUCAUAUAAUUAAAAAAAAAAAGCGUUUAGCACUUUCCUAUUUUAAAGAUCUAAUCUUGCAGCUUGAGAGGAAUAUGAAUGUUAUUUUUGUUAUGAAUAAAAGUUGAUAUUUUUAAAACUGGUA